AUGAAUUCAAGCCACAAGCUCUUGAAUCAGUUGACUGUGGGAUUUGAUUCGAAGAAAAUCAAGGUUAGAGUGACGCGCAUGUGGGAUGCCAUUAACACAAAUACUGGUGAUGUGUUUGCUCUUGAAAUGGUACUACUCGAUGAAAAUGAUAAUCAUAUGGUGGCUAUUGUACCAAAAAAUUUGGUACAAAGGUUUCGACCACAACUACUUGAGGGGGAUGUCUAUAUUUUGGAGAAAUUUAGAGUGACACCAAGAAAACAAUCUUGGAAUGUUGUGCACAAUGAGCAUAAUAUUUAUUUCACUUAUACAACUCUGGUGAAAAAGCUUGGUGGUCGAAUGAGUUCAAUAAAAUUUCACAAAUUUGAAUUCAUCGAUUUCAAUGACCUCUCUUCACGAUGUCAAGUUUUUACAUUCUUAUCAGAUGUGGUGGGAAGACUUUCUAAAGUGGGACCGAUCUAUGAAGUUUCGAAGAGUAAUGGAACUGUAAAAAAACGAGAUAUUGCAAUUACCAAUAAAAGUGGUGAAAGCAUUAAUGUCACAUUAUGGGGAACAACAUCGAAUCAGUUCAAUGAUGAGACUAUUUUGGUGUCUGAUCAACCAUUAGUGUUGGUGAUCUCUUCAGUGACAGUUAAACAAUUCAGAGGUUCAUACUAUCUGUCAUCAACAACUGCCACACGAGUAUAUAUGAAUCUAAAUAUUUCUGAAGUUGCAGAUUAUUUGAAUUGGUAA